UUCCGUUUCCUUAUCAGACUUGUACACACACACACACACACAUAUCUUUAUCUCUCUCUCUCUCUCUCUAUGUAUCACAUGCCUCAUCACCAAAAUCAAACAGGUCUCGCUCCACGUCCUGUAAGGAUUAUAUAUCUAUAAUAUUUUUAUUGUGUGUGCAACUCUGAACUCUGUCUGAUCUCGUGCCUUCGUUAUUCCACCGAUAUAAGGACAACGUUUUGAGACCCAAAAGCCAAAAUCCAAUAACUCCAGCUCACUCAAUCUGAGCACUGAAGCUUCGUCGUAACGCCCUCUGCUAAGCUUCUCUCUCUUUAUUGCACUUUGACGAGCACAGUCACCCAAAAAAAAAAAAAGCCCAACUUUUUUUUUUUUGAACUUUUUUUUUUUGUCAUACUCUAUCCGAAUCUACAUCUAUUCGAUAUAUAUAUAUAUAUAUAUAUAUGGGAGCCUUUUUUUUCUUUUCUUUUUUUUGGUGAUUUUGUGAUCUGGGUCUUCAUUGUUUUUGGAAUUGGAAGGCGUUUCCUUAUCUGGGUCUGAGCCAAAUCCCCUGUUUUAUUUUUUGUUAAGACUAUGAGGAAGAGGGAGAGAGAGAACCCUUGUGGGGUUUGUGGCCACUAUCACAAGUACGAAGAAGGGGAGGUCUGUGGGGUCUGUGGUCAUCGAAUUCCAGCCUCUUCGGAGAAAACUUCGAUCCAAGUCAGCGCCUUUCCCUCUGAGAUCUUGCCUGAAUUUCUCUAUUUGGGGAGCUAUGAUAACGCCUCUCGCUCUGAACUUCUCAAGACUCAGGGAAUCUCUCGUGUUCUCAAUACGGUACCUGCCUGUCAAAAUCUCUACAAGAACUCUUUCACCUAUCACUGCCUCCAAUAUGACAAAAUUUUGCCCUUUGAUGAUGCAAAUAAAUUUUUAGAGCAAUGUGAACAGGAUAAAGCUCGUGUUCUAGUACAUUGUAUGUCUGGGAAAAAUAGAUCACCAGCUAUUGUAAUAGCAUACUUGAUGAAAUCAAAAGGAUGGAGACUUGCUCAGAGUUAUCAGUGGGUGAAAGAGCGGAGACCGUCUGUUGACUUAACUGAAGCCGUGUACCAGCAACUGCAGGAGUACGAGAAGAAUAUCUUUGGAUCAAUCGAUAGUAACAACUCUGCCUUGCCGGUCUUCCCGCCUGCUGCUCCUCCUCCAUUUAGCUUCGGCUUCGCAAAGAUUAAUGAUCCAGCUCCCGUCCCUGCUUUCAACAGUGCCGGGGCUACCUCCAUUUUCAGCCGCCCUUCUUUAAAUGUACCUCCACAGGAGUUCACAUUUGGAGCCAGCCCCACACCGAAAGAUAUCCCUGGAAACCCUGUUAACGACAAUCUGCCAAAUUCAAAUGCUAGUGACAUUCAGAUGGAUAGUUCUUGAUUUGAAUAUUUUGUUGGGUAAAACUUGCUGGUCAGAAGCUUAAGUCCUCAAGUUAGAUAAGUUGUAUCUGAAUUUGGAUGUAAAGCUUUGGUUUAUAAGAUUUGACACGGAAGCAUAAGUCGUGAGGUUGCCUUGAUUUCUCAGAGUGUGAUUUUGUAAGUUCAUCAAUUUUUCAUUGACUCGUCCUAAUACAAAAGUGAUCACGACUUGAGAGAAUUUUUCUUCUGUUUUUUUUUUUUUUUUUUUUUUUAAAAGCUCAAUUUUGGUGUAUUUGUGGAUGCACAUUUUAGAUCAUGUCUAGUCUUAUAUUUAAUGGUUGAACCUUUUGCAACAUUUUUGUAAUCUCUAUUUUCUCUAUUUUGUAUAAAAUUACAUUAUGAUGA